AUGUGGUACCUGAUCGUGACGGCCCGCAGCCUCGUCUGGGUCCUUCUCACGCUCUUCUCUGCCCUGCUGAUGCUCAGCGCCCUGCUGAGCCCCUCCUGGCUGAUCUCCUUCCCUGAGACAGCCACCUUCGACAACGAAACGGUCAAAUUCAGGCCGAGCGUCGGCGUGUACGCCAAAUGCGGUCGACCGGCGGGGGUGGAUCACCCCCCUUGCACCCUGUUGGCAGUCAGGGGGCUGGGCACCGAGGCGCAUAUCUACCCUGAUGCGUGGAAGGCGGCGACUGUGUUCAUAGCUUCAGGUUUAUUCAUUAUGUCAGUAACCGUAUGUAUGGGUCUGCUGAGUUGUUGUUUCCAAAGUAUAUUUAAAAAGAGCAUUUUCAACAUAUCUGGAGCUGCUCAAGCCAUUGCAGGUAUCUGCUACAUAAUCGGGGUGAUGCUCCACCCGAUGGCGUGGGGCAGCUCGAGAGUGCAGAAGCUGUGCGGCAGGGACGCCUCGCCCUUCUAUCCGGGCGACUGUUCGCUGGGCGCGGGCCUCUAUCUGGCCGUCGCCGGUACGGUCCUGACCUUCGCGUGCGCCUGUCUGUCGCUGCCCGCCGAGAAGUCCACCAGCAGCGAUAAGGUGCAGGACAAGAUCUACGAGGGGCAGACGCUGAUUUGUUUGACGUAGAAAUCGAUUCGGUACGUCAUCAGCGUAGGCGUCGAUGCUGUCAAACAAGGACGUCUCGACUUCCGUCGGUUGGAAAGUCAGCUUCGGAAAGUUCGGAGCGAAAUGAGCCAGGUGCUGUCCAGUGCCGGACGAUAUCUCGAGUACUUUGCCCUCGACUGUGUGGUCGAUGUGCUUCUGCAGGACUUCGAGGAUCGGCGUCUUGUUUCUGUCGGCCGAAGGGUAGUUUAUUUUUCUGCUAGUGGAAGCAGAAAAAUAGAUUUAGGGUCUAGCAAGUAAAGUAAUAUUCUUUUAUCGUCUAGACAGUAAAGUCGCACUUCUACCAU